UCAGACUGACUCAUUGGAAAACUUAUUAGAUCUGUCCCCGCCCCUUCCCCCCCCCCCAAAGGAGUCUUUUAUCUCGUCUCUUUCCCAGUCCACAAACCAAGAAGAAGAAGAUAAAGCUCUCAUAAUUUUCCUGUUCUUCCCUUGGACUGUUUUUUUUUUUAAUUUUCUUGUUCUUCCCUGGGAUUGUUUUUUUUUGCUCGGCAUUCUUCCCUUGGAUCGUUUCUGAUCAGAUCAUAUCUGUGAAGAUGGCCAACAAUUUUAUUGUUUUUCUUUUCCACUUGAUCUGCUCAGACUCAUCAGAAAAACUUAGAUCCAUUCCCUACCAAACCAAUUGUCUCUUAUCUACCACUCUGUAUCUGUCUCCCUCCCUCCCUCUAGAAAAGAUAUAUUUCUCAUAUCAAGUCAUCCGCUUUAUUCUUCUCUCAAUUGUUACAGAUGUUGUGAUCACAUCUGUGAAGAUGACAAGAUCAAUUCUCUACGGUUCACCAAACGGUGGUCGAGUGCUUUUCUUCUUACCGGUUGAGAAAAAGAGAAUUUCCUAUAUGGUGAUUAAACGGGUAUCAACAAGAGAGAGAGAGAGAGAGAGAGAGAGAGAGAGAGAGAGAGAGAGAGAGAGAGACUAGCCAUUUGAUGAUCUGCCAUCAGAGGUACUUUUCUACCCUCCGGAUUUUGAUUACUUUCUUCUGUUUUGUUAACUCAUGUGUCUUUAUUAAACUGUUCUACCACCUUAAACUUAAGCAUAACAUGGACAAGUUUGAUGCAAUACAUGCAGCUUCAAGGUCGAUCGAUCUUGAAGUUAUUGGCUGAGUAAAUUACUAAUUGUACUUAUCUCUCUCCCGCUGCAUAUUUCUCUUUUCCACUUCCCCCCUGUUUAGGAUCUGAAAGAAUAAAGAAAGAAAAGCAGUAAAGUAAUUUACACAAAACUAAUGAUGUUGAUUCUCACUUUUGGUACAAUUGAUGAUAGAAGUCGGCUUUAGGACCGCAAGGGCCGACCGAGUGAGAGGCAUGCGGGGUCGCGUGUACAUAUAGAAUUUUUAGAUUCACCUCAGGUCAUAUAUAAAUGAUUGUAAUUGUUCAUUUUUUUUAGAGAAAUUUUUUUUUUUUUAAACCUUACUAGAAAAAUAUCAUCUCAAUCGGAUACCACUAAUUAAAUGCUUGAUCCAUUCAUUUUUCUUUCAAUUCAGAAUUUAGAAUUGCGAAUUUUGACUCAAAAGAUGAAUGAGUAAUCUAGCACUAAUCUCUAGUAGAUAGAACUGAUCUUUUACAAGAAAAGCUAAGAAUUUAUUCCUCGCAAAAUGAAUGUGUCCCCAAAAUUUAUACACGUCUCUACAAUUAUUAAUAAGAGUAUAGAUGCAGAACAUGAAAUAGGUUUGUUUUAAGGCAUAUAGUCGAGGUGCGCAAGUUUGCCCAAGUAAUUGGUUAUUAAAACUGCCAGGUAUUAGUCACCAUAAAAAAUUUAUGUCCUCGUGAUAAUUUCCCUAGAAAGCCAAAUUUUGGAUUAAUGGCCCCAUUAUCCUUUCAUUUUAUGGGUGUUUGUAUUAGAAUAGUGAUUACUUACAACUGUCUUAAUUUGCAAAAUGAAGUAAACAACACUUAUUGAGUGUAUGUCUAAACUUUUUUAUCGAUGACCAACACCCUUUAGGUUAAUUGAAUAAUCCUAGUAAUUCUACUAUAAGACAAUAUAAAAACGCAAAAUAAUGAUUAUUUUUGUUUAUUUUAGGUCAAUAAUGAUUUAUUUCUGAAUUUGAUAUAAAUGAGUACAAAAUAAACAAAACAAAAUAAAAACUUUUUAAAAUAUUUAUGGUGUGCAAAAAAAGAUUGGAACUUUGGUCUUGAGUAGGGGUGCAAUCGAGCCGAGCCGAGCCGAGUUUCGGCAUGUUCGGGCUCGGCUCGUCUCAAAAACAAUGAGCUCGAGCUCGGCUCGAGCUCGUGACGAGCUGCAGAACUCGAGCUCGAGCUCGGCUCGAUAGGUAUUUUCGGAGCUCGAGCUCGGCUCGUUCGGCUCGUUUAUGAAACAAAUAUAUAUAAAUAUAUAUAUAAAUAAAUAUAAAUAUGUAAAAAUAUAUAUAUAAAUAUAUAUAUAUAAAUAUAUUAUAUAAUCGAGCUCGCGAGCCAAUUCGAGCCGAGUUUCGACUAGCUCGAGCUCGGCUCGUUUAUGAAACGAGCUCAGGACUCGAGCUCGAGCUCGGCUCGUUUUUGUCUUGAACCGAGCCGAGCCGAGCCGUUAUCGAGCCGAGCUCCGAGCCGCUCGCGAGCGGCUCGGAUCGUUUGCAGCCCUAGUCUUGAGUAGCAUCUACAACCACUAAAGCGUAACUAAUUUUCAAUACAAGACGUACAAUAGUUGCAAGAGUCACCAUCUACGCCUAGUUCCAAUAGGAAAAUAAGAAAGAAAAAAAAAAAAGCAUUUGCUCGCGCUCUCAAUUUUCACUCUACGUUUACACUCGUAAUCCUCGCACUCACAAUUGUUUGAGUUGAUUUUUAAAGACGUUUUCAUGCUCACAUUUGCCCUCGUAUUAUGUGACUUAGGGUAAUAAAUAUUGUCAGGGUAAUGUUGAAAACUUGGGAUGGUCUCAAUCGUUUGUGGGGAGCUUCUGAAUCACCCCGGCCAUUUUGGCCUCAGUAAAUGCUAAUUUUAUAAGCACACAAAACCUUCAUUUUGAAUUUCGAAGUCCCAUCCACUUGUAAAAAGUUCUUCUCAAUACUUGCAUUGGGGCAAGUAUUGACCUAGCUAGUGCACCUACCAGAGACUCAGUACACCUUCCAAUCGACCCCGAGCCACCACUCAGCCAUAAACGCGCAUCUCAACUUAAAUGACUGGGAUUCUCCGUCCAUCGACUGGAGUAUUAGUCAUGGGACUAUUUGUCCCUCCUAAAUUAAUCAUUUCCUGUACAUGUUUGUAUGUCCAGGUGAUUAGAAAGUUGGGCAAGUUACAUCUGUACUAUCCUAUAUAUGUAUGAAGAAGGCAUCCGGAAUAUUGGAUUAAUAGCCUAAUUAACCAUAUAUCUCGCCCCGAUGCAGUUUAUUUGGAGUAAACUGACAAGAAGAAAAUAUUAAAGAGAAGAAGAAAAUAAUAGACGCAGACAUACAAAUCUGAACAAGAAGAAAUCAACUGUGAACUCUUGUCCUUCGAUGAAAGGAGAAGACAAAUCCUUAGCCCGCCACAGAAUUCUCUCACAACCCGGAAAGUUAGGCAACUCAAAAAUUAGAAAAAAUAACAAAUUGUCCAAGUUGAUUUUUAAAUCGGAAGAAAUCCAUUACAUUACAAUAUAUAUAAAGCAUGAGAAGAGGUACCAAAGCCUAAUGUCAAAAAAAAUAGGUACCAAAGCCUGAAUGAAACUCCUUUUUUGCCCCUUUGGUUAAACGCACUCUAACCUUUUGCCUUUGUCAGUGCAUUUCUUUAACUCACGCUAAAAGUGAAGAGUUAAAAAAGCAAUAAAAAAUGCUGUUGGAAAAAAAAAAACAAUAAUAGUCCCCACUACACAUAUACUUCAUCUGUCCCUAAGUAAGCAUCCUCUACAAGAAAAAAAAAAAAAAAACGUACAAAAAAUUUCAAACAAAAAAAUAGAGUACUUCCGUGCAUAAAUUUUUUAAUUUGUUCCCACCAAAUUAAAGAACUCAAUUAGAUCAUUAAUUCAGUGCAAAGAACUUGAAAAAACUAUGCAUGAAAGUACUUUAUUAUUUUUUGAAAAUUACAUGUCUUUUCAUAGUGACUUAAGGGUAAUUUUAUAUUUGACAUGAAUUAAAGAAAAAAAAAGGAGUGCUAUAAUAAUAAUUAAAAAGGGAGUGUUAAAAAUAAUUUUUUUAAGAAUAAAUACAAUUACAUAUCUACGGUAAAAGCAAAGAGAAAAUAGUUUAGCGUCCCUCUUGCUUUUACUCCCUCCGUCGACAUAAAUGCACAUUUUCCAUCGACAUCUACUAGCAAAACAUAGAAUUUGGGUUAGCGAGGUAUUAAUAUGUUAGUCAACAGAGAGUUUAGAGUCUAUCCAUAGUCUUAAAUCCCAAAUCUAUUCCCCAUGGGGCUCAAACCUUGAUCACCAUUAAGGAGAGAAAUGAGACAAUCGAUUCAACUAAACUUGGUUUCUCACAUAGAACUUGGGUUAGUCAGCAUCAUUCGACGCAUUUUCACAAUGUCUUAUCAACCUGAUAUUGUCUUACAAAUUCUCUCUCAAUCCUUUCUUUGCUGAUAAAAAAACAAAAACAAAGAACAUUUAAUAUAAGACUCCAUUCCACUAAGAACGUAUUUGACUUUUAGGACUUUUUUCAAUUUUUCUCUUUUAUCCAAAUAUUUUGAAAAAUAACCACUUUUUAGAAAGAAAAAAAAAAGACUAAUUUAUUUGACUUUUUUUGUUUGUUAAAAAGUGGUUAUUUCUUAAAAUAUUUGGGUGACAAUAUUUUUUUUUUUACUUUUCUAAUUUGUCUCAUCAAGAUGGAUCAUUAAUCCACAAAAAUUUAUCCUAAAACUAAAAAAAAAAAUUGAAUGAGAACAAAAAAUACUGAAAGUGCUAAAAGUUAAGCAAAAUGAGGCCUAAGAAGGGGGCUUUAAGAAGGUAAAAUUAGUAUCUUCAAAUUAUCAAUGUAAAGUUAUAUAACAAACAAUACUAAUACAAACACCAGAUUAAAAAAAUUACUGAACAAAAUAGUUACCUAUAUAUUAUAUAGGUAUGUUAUGAUGUGAUUUUUUAUAUGAGAUCCUAAUAUUUAAUAUUAGAUAGAUAUGUUUUACUUUGCAUCUCAAACAAUAAAUUUCAAUUUUACUGGGCCUGCUCAGACUACGAUAUUGAUAUAGAACAAUUCAUCUAAAAAGAAAGUAGAAAGAAAUUAGAAAGAGAAUGAAUCUGUAUAGAGGCAGGCCUGCUCAGACUCGGAAUUGGAAUCUGAGUUGGUGAGAAUUUGGCACUGGGUGACAUGCUCAACUACCCAGUUUAGACUAGUGCCUUCCUCCAACUCCAUUAUCAGAUCGCCGCAGUUUUCUCCACUAAUCUGAAUAAAGAAGAAAUUAUACACAUAACCAUAAGUAUUCACACUAUAAUUUACAAAAACAAGACCAACUAUACGUAUUGUUGUUCGCGGAUGAUCUUUGGUGAACCUCGAUUACCAAUUGUAAUACCAUAGCCGAUACUUUAAAUGAGUUUUGCAGAGAGUCGGGCCAAUAAAUCAACUUUGAGUGAAUCGAAAGUCUUCCUGCCAAAGAUCGAAUACCCCUAGAGCUCUCUGUGACUCCCUUGUGAACAUCCUCCAAGUUUAGCCUACUAAGAACUUGGGUACUUACCUUGGCUUCCCUCCUUACGAUUCCCCUCCUAACUUACACAUUUUUCAAUCUUGGGGGACAAAGUGAAUAGAAAACUAGUUGGGUGGAAAAUCAAAUGCAUGCCUUUGGCCAGCCAUGUUGUUCUCCUCAAUUCUGUUACGACCUCCAUCCCUAGUUAUGUUAUGAAAUGUAAUCUUCUUCCCGCUGGGGCUGCUAACGCGCUGGAUAAAAUUAGCAGGGAUUUCUUAUAGGGCUACUCUUGAGCACCGAAACUUGCAUGCUGUUAAUUGGUCCAAAGUUUGUAAGCCCAAAUAGUUUGGUGGUCUGGGUAUUGUCAAGACAAAGGAAGCCAACGUUGUGGCUGUGUGAAAACUUAAUUGGCGUUUGCAUACAGAGAAUCAAGUCAUCUGGGCCAAUGUUGUUAAGAGUAAGUACAACAUCCACACCACGAACUCCAGUCGCCCUUCCACCACUUGGUGUGGUAUCAUUAAACGUUUCGCUAAAAUCCAUGUGAGGAAUGGUGAGAGCACCAACUUCGAUCUGGGGUGACAGCUAAUUCGAUCUGGGGUGACAAAUAGCUGAGUAGUGGGCCAAUUCGUGGUGUAUCUCGGGCCCCCUCAGGAUUAUUGAUCUCGCUGACUCUACGAGACUGUUGGACCAAUAACGAGUGGAAUUUCAAUAAACUUUCCAUGGAACUUCCCACUUGUAUAGCCAUUGAAAUCCACGACAUCUCUUUGCAGUUUGCAGUGUAUAUACUUGAAGAUGGAUCGACCCACUCUUUCCUGAACCAACACCAACCCUCUCCCCCUUUUGGACUGUUGGGAUUGGGUAUGGAAGAUUAAAGCUCACCUCAGAGUGCGCUAUUUCUUCUGGCUAUUCGUCCAGGAAAAAAAUCUCUACCAAAGUUUUCCUUCACAAUUAUCAAAUUUCUUUGGAUACCUUUUGUCCUGCAGGUUGUGUCGAGGAAGAGUCUGUUUAUCAUGUUCUUCGGCUUUGUCCCAGAACUAAGGAGUUGUGGGAUGCCAUUGGCAUUCUCCCAUUCUGCCUUCCAUCCUUUGGUUCAGCAUUUGCCACUGGCUGGGGAUUCCUUGGAGUUGCAUCUUUCCCACUAUUUGUUGGGCGAUUUGGCUCCACAGGAACAAAUUUGUUUUUUGAUACUCAAGGGGAUGCUUUCCCUCGUAACGUUAGGGUCUGUCGUACUAUUAGUGAAGCUGUGGAAUGGGACGUGUGUUUCAGUCAUGUAUCCUGGUAAGAUGAGGAUUGAGAAAAAAAACUUCGUAUGGCAGGUGGGCUGAUUCGUGAUGACAAGGGUCUUUGAGUGGGGUGUUCAGAUAAAAACAUUGGUUUGGCUUCUUCCAGUGCUACUUAUGAUGGACAGUUGGGCACUCACUGAAAAAGGGUGAGAUAAGAAAAGAGAGCCAUUUCUCACCAAAUCUCAUAUUUUUUGUGAGAUUGGGUGAGAAAGAGGAAUAGCCUAUCAAAACAUUUCUUUUUCAUACUUUUCUCUUUAUUUCUCAUCAAAAUGUUCAAUCUAAAUGAGAAAUUUCACAAGAAACCAUAAUCAUUUCUUUUCUUUUCUCACGAAACUCUUCCAUCCAAAGGGACUGUCAAGGAAGCCUCAAAUUGGCACUUGCAAGGGAUUCUUAUGAAACAGAUUCCCUCGUGUCACAACCACACAACUCAUCUAUGAUGACAAUUAAGGAAACCAUAAACUCAGCAACAUAAUUUCUGAUUGCCUGUCAAAAUUCUAGGAGAAUAAAUUAUAGACACCAGCGGUGUAAAUAUUUGUUUCCUCCGAAUCAAUUAUAUUGCGCUACGUCUUCAAAAUAGUGGUGUCAUUUAAUAGUAGAACAUUGCGACGUGACUCAAUGUAAUUGAUUUGGAGUAAGCAAAUGUUUACACCGGCGGUGUAAAUAAUUUAACCUCAUACUGUAGAUGCUCGAGAGUGAGGUGAAGCAGUGAUUAAAAAAGCGCGACUAGGCGUGAGACAAGCUUGUAUCGCCUCAGAGGUGUGAGGCAAGGCGAGGUUGGAUGAGGCGAAGGACUAGUCAACUCGUAUUGACUCGUCUUGAGGCGCCUUAAAAGCUCGACUAGGCAUAGUUUAGGGCAAAAUAACAUGUUAAACACAACCAUAAAAGCUUGACUAGGUGUAGUUUAGGGCAAAAUAACACGUUAAACACAACCAUAGAAGCUCUACGAUGGCCAACGAGACUUUUCAAGUGCUGACGCGAUGCACGUUGGGUAUAGACUUGGUCGACUUGGUAAUGGGUUUGAAGGGCUAAAAUUGACGUAAAGGGUUUCGAGGGCUGAAAUCAACUGGGUAGUAGUAGUUAAGGGCUGGCGAGGCUUUUUUGGUGAUAACGAGUGUUGUAUGAUGGCCGGCGAAACUUUUCCGGCACCAGCGAGUGCUGGGUAUAGACUGGGUUGACAAGGUAAUGGGUUUCGAGGGCUGAAAUCGACUGGGUAAUAGUUGUUUUAGGGUUUCGGACACAGAUCAGAGUGAACAUGACAUCAAGUGGGUAACGAUGUUUUCUAGUGUAUUGAGUUGAGUUAGGGUUCAAACUUGAUUAGGGAUAGUCAGCAGUGGUAGGGGAUGGUCGGCAAAGGUAGGGUUACGAUUUGGAAUUUUUAUUUUAUUUUAAUAUAUAUCUUUCUUUUUUUACAAUGCUCUCCUCGCCCCACGAUCAACGUAAAGGGUUUUGAGGGCUGAAAUCGACUAGGUAGUAGUCGUUAAGGGCCGGCGAGGCUUUUCUGGCGCAAACGAGUGAUGUAUGAUGACCGGCGAAACUUUUCCGGCACAGCAAGUGCUGGGCAUAGACUGGGUUGAUCGGGUAAUGGGUUUCGGGGGCUGAAAUCGACUUGGUAGUAGUUGUUUUAGGGUUUCUAGUGUAUCGAGUGAGGGGAUGGUCGGCAAAGGUACGGUUACGAUUUGGGAUUUUUAUAUUUUUUGUAGUAUAUCUUUCUUUUUUUAUAAUGCUUGCCUUGUCCCACGCUUCGUCUUUUACGAACUUUGUCACCUAACAUUCGCCUCGCGCUUUUCAAUCACCGAAGCGAAGCGUGUUUUUUCCGGGAUGUUAGAAUUUUUGCGGAUUUGUUAGCUAAUUUAAAUUUGCAGCAAAAUAGUCUUGUUAUCUACUUGUAUGCCCAACUAUUUAGGGCAAACUUUGUUUGGUUUUGUUUUGAAUUUUUUUUUAUGAGAGUAACAGGGUAAUAAGUGAAAAAAAAUAGAGAGGAAAAUGAAUGAAAGUGGGAAAAUUUAAGAAAAUCUUUUGAAAAAUACUUUUUAAAAACUAAAACAAAGAAGGCAUAAAUAAUUCCUUAAGUACAAUUUCAACCCAAAAAAAAAAACGAGAACCAUAUCGAUUCAUCCUUACCCCAUCGCCACCACGCUUCCUCCCUCCCUCUCCUCAACUUCUAUCACUAUAUCCACCUUUCCAUUUCUCUCUCCCCUCCCAAGGUCUGUAGGGUGAGAGAUACUGAAAGAGAUAGAGACAUGGGCCAACAAUCCCUCGUAUACAGCUUCGUCGCUAGAGGCACCGUAAUCGUCGCCGAAUUCAUCGGAUUCACUGGCAACUUCACCACCAUUGCUUCCCAGUACCUCCAGAGACUCCCUGCCACCGCCAACACGUUCAUCUACAACAACGAUGGCCACACCUUCAACUACCUCGUCCAAGACGGCUUCACUUACUGUGUGGUUGCUGUGGAAUCUGCUGGCAGACAUAUUCCGAUUGUGUUUCUUGAACGAAUUAGGGAUGAAUUUACCCAGACAUAUGGCAGUGGGAAAGCUGCAACGGCUGUUGCUAAUAGCCUGAAUAUGGAGUUUGGGCCCAAACUUAAGGAGCAGAUGCAGUGGUGUGGAGAUCAUUCAGAAGAGAUCAGCAAGCUUGCAGUGGCCUCCCGCAAAUUGUUUUUCGAAGGGCAUUCGCCAAUAUUGGAGGUUUUGUAUAGGCAACAAAAGGAACCGAAGAUAUGGAUUUCAAUAUUAGACUAUCUAGGGUUUUUUCUUAAGUUGACAAAAUUGGAGAAAAAUGACUUUGAUAGGUUAGUAGUUCAAAAGGGCAUUAAAGUAUCCGUUGCAGAUGGAUCAGAAAGCAGGUCCUUAUUCUUUUUGAAUAGGUAUUUUUGGGUUCGUCCACCAUCCAAGUGGUGGAAGGUGAACGUAGAUGGUAGUGUAUUGCACUCUGGUGUCUCUGGGGUCGGCUUCUCUUAUAGAGACGACGAAGGGAAAUUGGGUCCAAUUUAUAGUAUGCGUAUAGGAAACAAGAAGCACUCCUUUGAGGCAGAGUUAGAAGCGAUGAUAUUCGGAGUUAAUUACGCGAUCUAUCACAAGUUUUUGAAUUUGGUUAUAGAAAGUGAUAGCAAAGCACUUUGUAGAUAUUUGUGGGGCCUGGACCCUAUUCCACCCAAUUUGCUUCAACAAUUCCUACGCCUUCGCUUGGAUGAAUUGACUGCUUACUCCAUUUCACUAGUUCCAAGGGAUGCAAACAGGGUAGCAGAUAACCUAGCGACAGCAGCAACUUGUAGCUCAAAUGUGCGGGCAAAUAAGAUGCGCGCAGCAAGGUUUUGCGCUCAGCAGGAGGAAAUGGGCAAGCCGUAUUACACUGUGAAUAGGAAGUACUCCACCCGAUGUACUCAUCGGUCCUCUACAAGGGAUUCUCCUUCUGAUGACUUCAUUUUUCUUCCUUUCUUUUUCUGCACAGCAGAGACAAAUUCGAGUCAUCGCCUGCCUUUGCCGCAGCGAAAAAUUCCUUCUUUGCCUCUUUGGAUAAGAGAAAUUGGGUGGCACCAUCUUUUGGAGAGUCUCUGCAUAUGUGAUGCCUUGAAAUGUGCCACUGCGUUGCUGGAACGGAAAUUGGGCGGCAUAAGACUGGAUUUGGAUGGGGAUCACCUCUUGCAUCAUGCGGCUAGAUUUUGUUCAUCGAAACUGAUCCAGUUAUUUCUUCACCUUAAAGCUCGAAGCGAUACCAGAUAUUCUGAUUAUAGCUAUGAUCAUGGCGAAGAUCUGACGAAUGGGUUGCGCCCACUCGAUAUAGCGUUUAACUUUGCAAGGAAUCAGUACACCUCUCUGGAGUCGUAUUCGUUUGGAGGGCAAUCUACUUUUGAAAUGAUACAUCUUUGCCAACUCAGAGUGGGACGCGUUGGGGAUGCUAUUAAGUUUGUUGCAUGUGCAUCCAAGUACGUUGCAAAGGAAGGUUACCAUUAUGCAAGGAAAGCAAAGCUCAUUGAGUUGGCUCUCUUGCUGAUUGUGGCUCCCAAAAAGAUUUUGGUCCCUGUCAAUUUGUACGUCGAAGGUGGUGGUGGUUCAAGCGGAAGAACCACCAUCCUGCAUUGGUUACAGUUUCAAAUCCUAAUACUAACUCAUGAGGAGAAAUUAAUGGGAGACUGUAAAAAUGGCAAGUUAACCGAGAUUCGCAGGAAGAAGAUGGUUAUGAGGUCAGCUGCACUAUUGCUUGAAGUUUUUGAGAGGGCUGGUCAUGCCAUUGAGGAAAUUAUUCAGUACCUGUCACGGUCACCUUGUGCGAGAAGUGAAGAACUGGAGAAACAUGCUGUUUUCUGGCUUAAGGAAGCAGGAUUUGAAUUCAAGAAUGGGGACUUUGAUUUUAGCACUAUGGACUGGUUUGACAUCACGCUUACUGAUUCCAUAAGGACCAGGAACAGGACCCCUACCAAGGAUGCUCCAUCAGCAGAGACAAAUUCCAGUCCUCGCCUGCCUUUGCCGCAGCAAAAAAUUCUGUCUUUGCCCCUUUGGGGUGUUAGUCCUUGGUCCUCUGCCCAGACUUUCCCUUUUCACCAAACCCGUUGUUUCACCUCCACGGACAAGUCACAUUACACAAAUCAUAUGAAGCAAACUGAACCCAUGGUGCAGAAUGUGCCCCAAUGGCUGUCCAAGGUGAGGCUUGCACAUUUUGCAAGGUUGCUCAGGAGGGGGAUGAAAAUUGCUUGAUUGAUUGAUGUACAAGCUCUCUGACUUGUUACGAGCUCUCUUGACUUGCUAUAAACGUGUGCUUGGACCUAUAGCCAGCUGGAGUGGCAUUCCCUUAUUGCUUUUGCUUUUGACACUCUGGGAAGUAAUGCCAGUUCUUUGAUUCGGCAAUCACUGUCAUGCAAAGAGUUUUUAAUCGAAUGCUUGUCCUCUUUUGAUCAUUUGAUUAAGGAAUCUGCAGAAUGGGCCAAGUUGGCGAUAAGCCGUGCAAU